UCCGUCCCGCGUGCUUCGCCGUGACGUGUGCUUCGUCGUCUUGGUCGUAGUCGCAGUGCUCCCUCGCGACGUCCCCACAGUUUAGUGCGGGAGAGGUACAGCUCGAAGUGUGCCGCCGUUGUGUGUUAUCGGCAAUCGACCCUGCGAAUCUCGUGCUCUUCGGCCUCCCCCUCCAUCCUCCAUCCGUGACCAUCAGCAGCAGCGAAAGCCGGGAAGUUUGGCUUGACCUGUAGCUCUGCUACUCUCUUGGGAACACAAGCUCGAGCGAUACGCUUCUCCACGAGCCUUCGCAGUCCGCGGUCGGGACAGUAUACAAUACGAGUGUUACACUCGGCCCGGCCGGCGAGUCGGCGUCCUUCCCUCCCAGCUCUCGCUGCUGUUUUUGCAUCCGUUUUCCCCUCUCCCCUCGGUUAAUCGAUCCCACAUUGCCCCGAGCUGUCACACGUCCGAGUUUUCUUCUUCUCUUUUUCUCCGCCGCAAAACUUUCCGUCACAGGGACCGAGAGGUAGAGGGGGAGGAGUGCGAACAUGCAAAGAGCAUCAGUGCAGCGCGCCAAACAGCAAUCGCGCGAUUGACCGGUCAGGGAUGAAUAAAAAUUUGUGAUUUUCAAGCUUGCAUUGUGCCGAUGGAAGAGGAGCCGAAGCGGCUAACGGCCGGGAUAUAGAGGUGGUGUGUGCUGUGCAGCCGUGGACACAAUACACGUAUUGCCAAGUUCGAAGAAGCGCGCAUCGAAAUCCUGCAAGCUGGAUCGAGAGAUGCGGAGUCGCGGCGACGGGUUCCCGGCUUCGAUCCGGCGAAAUCCGCGGGCUGCAGCCGUCAGGAAUUGGCAGCAGGAAGAGCCGACAGAGGCAGAGCCGCUCAAUGAGAAGCGAAAAAUCUAAGGAUAAAUCGGCGCAGAGGCACGAGAUGCAACAGCGAAAGGAGCAGCAGCAGCAGCAGCGCCUUAAUUGGAUUAACCAACGGAUAAGACAUUCUGGAGUGCAGCUGGAGAUCUAGAGCGGCAGAGGCACGAGAGCGAGAGAAAGUGCAAAAACAGAGCGAGAGAGAGAGGGGAAGAGCAGGAGAAAGGUAGAUAAGGAUAGGUGAGGUCGAUUGGCUGUGCGGAGGUUAAUGCGAUCUCGCGGUGAAAGGGCGCAGUAGCGCGAGAUGCAGAGCGCCGAUCGGUAAGGUGGGUGGAGAGCGCGAGGAGGCUGGAGGAGCCGGACGCCGACGCCGAGGGGGCGCGGCCAGCGCCAACGGCACCCUCUGUUGCAGGAUGGACGUGUUGCCGCUCUGGCUGCUGCUGCCGAUCAUGAUGAUUCUCAUCCUGAUGGCGCCGCAGCCGACGCAGGCUCUCGCCACCAGGAGUAAGCUCAAUCCUCGCGUCGUUCAGACCAGGUACGGCAAGAUCCAGGGCCUCGUCCUGUCGUUCGAGAACACGAGGCACCUGAAGCCGAUCGACGUGUACCUCGGGGUGCCGUACGCGACGCCGCCAACCGGCGGCAAUCGCUUCUCGCCGACGCGAGCGCUGAGCCCCUGGGACGGAAACAAAUUGGCGGAGAAGCUGGGCCCUGUCUGCCCGCAGAAACUGCCGGACAUCUCGGACGAGAAGGAAGCGCUCGAUCGCAUGCCCAGGGGCAGGCUCGAGUACCUAAAGAGGAUACUGCCGCAUCUGCGCAAUCAGAGCGAGGACUGUCUUUACCUCAAUAUCUACGCUCCCGCCAUGGGAAUGUCGGAGGGCGGUCGCAAGCAUCCAGUGCUGGUGUUCAUCCACGGCGAGAGCUACGAGUGGGGCAGCGGUAAUACCUACGACGGCUCGGUGUUGGCGAGUUACACCGACCAGAUCGUCAUCACGCUGAACUACCGACUCGGCGUUCUGGGCUUCCUCAACGCCAACGUCUCGCCCCACACGAAAGCUCGAGUGGCGAACUACGGCCUGAUGGAUCAGAUCGCGGCGCUGCACUGGGUGCAGCAGAACAUCGAGUACUUUGGCGGCGACCCGAGCAACGUCACGCUUAUGGGCCAGGGUACAGGGGCGGCCUGCGUUAAUUUUCUCGCCAUCAGUCCCACCGUCAUGCCAGGUCUGUUCAAGCGAGCAAUCCUAUUAUCGGGCAGCGCCCUGUCGUCGUGGGCUGUGGUGGAGGAGCCGGUCUCGUACGCGCUGAAGCUGGCGGAGGCGGUGAACUGCUCGGUGCCGAAGGACCUACUCAAGGAUCACGAGCUGCUGGUCGACUGUCUGCGCGAGAGCAGUCUCGAGGCCCUGCUGCGGGCCGACGUAAGGCCGCCCACCUUCCUCAGCGCGUUCGGGCCCAGCGUCGAUGGAGUCGUCAUCAAGCCCGACUUCCAGAAGGAUCUGCUCUCCUAUCUCGGCCCGGAAUUCCAGGGAUUCGGGAUCCUACCCAAGAAGGCGGAGCACGGCGAGGCCAUCACAAGCAACAACAAGUACGAUUUGUUAUUCGGCGUGACAACGAGCGAGGCCCUAUGGCGCUUCGCCGAGCGCGACGUCGAGAAGGGCUUCGAGGGCGAGCGCAGGGACAGAAUCAUAAGGACCUACGUGCGCAACGCUUACAUGUAUCAUCUCACGGAAAUAUUUUAUACGAUCGUGAACGAGUACACGGACUGGGAGCGGACGGUGCAGCAUCCGAUGAACACGCGCGACGCCUGCGUCCAGGCGCUGAGCGACGCCCAGUUCGUGGCGCCGCUCGUCCAGACGGGCGACCUCUUCACCCUGCGACACACCAAGAGGCCGAACGGUAUGCAUGUGCCGUUACCCGUCCACGACGCCGACAAGGAGCCCUUGCCCAAGACCUACUUCUACGUUUUUGAUUAUCAGAUGAAGGAUGGCGAUUAUCCGCAGAGAAUGGGCUCGGUGCACGGCGAGGAGCUGCCUUUCGUCUUCGGCGCGCCAUUAGUCGACGGAUUCGGCCAUUUCCCCCGGAAUUACACCAAGGCGGAGACCCAACUGUCGGAGAGCAUAAUCCAGUACUUUGCCAACUUCGUGAGGACCGGGAACCCCAACGCCGCGGAGAAUCACGGCAAGGCUGACGCUGUCAUGCCGAUCAGCCGAGAGAAGAGCCGGUUUCGCAGUCUCACGUGGGAUCAGUAUGAUCCUGUGCAUCAGAAGUAUUUGGAGAUCGGCAUGAAACCAAAAAUGAAGAACCACUACCGAGCGCACCAGUUGUCGGUCUGGCUGAGGCUCGUUCCGGAACUGCAUCGCGCCGGCAUGGAGGACGUGGAGCCCCGGCACAACCUGUUUCGCGGCUACGCGGACCCGAACCUCUACGACGGCUUCGUGCGACCCGACCCUCUGAGCAGGAUCGUCAGCCCCAGCAACGACCUCGACUCCCAACGCCGAGGUGCUGGAUCGGCGGCGAAAAACGCGACAACCGAGCUGCCCACGACGACGGACUACAGCCUGACCACGUGCGUCAGUCUCAUCCAGAGCACAAACAUACAGAACAUUCACAACGCCAGCACGGACACGCUCGCGAGCCUCGACGCCGCAGGCUACGCGACGUACUCGACGGCUCUGAGCGUGACGAUAGCGAUCGGCUGCAGUCUCCUCAUCCUGAACGUUCUCAUCUUCGCUGGGGUCUACUACCAGCGCGACAAGACGCGACUCGAGGUGAAGAGCUUGCAACAGCAGCAGAUGAUGAACCAGCAGUGCGGGCCCAGAGGUUUCAACGACCUCAAGCAGCCACCCCCACCGCCACCCCCGCACACGCACUUUCCCGGCGGUGGUCAGGUCAUCGUCGACGUGGAAAACGAGAUGAUUCGCAGGAACGUGAUGAAGACGGCGCCGCCUAGCGAGACGAACAUUCUCUUGCAGCAGACUCAAGUGACGCACACGCUGCCUCAUCCGCACCACUACCAGAAGCAGCAUCAUACGCAGCACUCGACACUGCCACGGGGCUCGGUGCUCCCCGACAUAAGCACGCAGCAGAGCCAGAUACAAAAGGAAACACUUUGGGCCCUAAGUGUAUAGUAGGACAAUCCGAAGUCCAAAGCUUUCUUUCCUUCCACGGUGAAUAAAAGGCUCUUUUGUCAUCCUUGUAUUAUCAUGUGCGGGAGUUCCUUUUUCUCAUUUGACAUGCGUGUAUUCUUAUACUUUCUCGAGAACCUAAUUAUAUUGCACGACUUUGGUUUCUGUACACUCGGGGCUCAAACCCAGCCAGGCUGUUGACGCACACUGUAGUAUAAUACGCAUACCACAUUCUUUGCUUCUUCGACGUUCUCUCAUACCCGCGCGUGUCUCGUCUCACCACACUCUGCUCUGCCGCUGCAUAUCUCUUUUCACCGCUCUCGUCCUGCCUGCGCUAUGAUAUUACAAGCGCGGCUCGCGUCUCCCGUGCAGCCGGAAUGCGCCGGGAAGAAGGAAAAAAUUCUUGCGUAACACAUAAAGGAGCCGCCUUGUGCGUGUGUUCCUUGGGCUUGCAGGGACCGGCCAACGGAUCGAUCCACCUGACGGUGCCGCGGGCUCCGCCGCCGCCCAGGGCCAAGAGUCCACCCGAGAACCAGCCGCUGCUGCAGCAGACGACGAUGCUGUCCGGCCGAGUGCAGUCGGGCAUCGGCGAGAUGCGCGUCUGAUGCUUCGAGCCCCCUCCCGAGCCACUGGUCACCGAUCUUCUCACCGCCUCCACGCUACUCUAAAACCCAACUCCGCGCAAGCGAGUGCAGAAGACGGCCUGACGUACGCGACGUGUGUGUCCGCGGAGUGUAGGACAGUGAGGCAGGGCUCGUUCUUCUUAGUUCCUUCUCCCGCGGUUCUUAUGAUUCGCAACCGUCGUGCGCGUAGCAUCAGGAUGGAUUUUUCUGAUCCCUCGCCGUGUACACCUGAGAAGAGGACGACUCAUACUCAUCCUCCGCGCGAGCCACGUCCCGGAAGGAGGGGGAACACGAAACUCUCGAGCUCCGGAACUUUUCGUCCUGUAAGAAUAAUCAAAAGAACGAAAGUGCGCGGACUGCGUUAUUGUGUGCGAAGGAUGUACCAGAUCGCGACAAGUGCGCAGCAGAGUACUACGACGUCGUUAUACAUAAUUUAUACAUAUAAAUAUGCAUAGACUGGUCAAGAAGUUGUAUUUUUAUGCAAAAUAUCCGUGCUUUCCUGGCAAAAUGACUCGAGUCCGCUUUUUGCGUUUUUCCGAUCUACUCGAUCGCGCGGGCUGUUUUAAAAGGCAACUCUAUUAUGCGUCUGCUCAUUUAUUUUUUGUAGUCUGCUUCGAAAUGGACUGAAGAAAACAUUUUGUUAGAACACCGGUAUAAAAGUUUAUAUUUCAAAAAAGGAGAUUGCAAGUUGAGUUGUCUUGUUGGGAAGCCACAGAUAUACAAGUGUGACAGGUGUAGCGGUGUGUUUUGGAUGGGCAUACAUUGCCGCAUAUACUUACGAGGAUAUAUAGAUAAGUGACGUUGAAGAGAAGGUUCUCGCGGGCGCGCGCGCGACAAAGUAGUCGCGCCGAUGUUCAUUAAAUCAAUUAUUUUAUAAUUAUUGUUAUUGUUAUUAUCAUUAUUAUGAGUAUGAAAAAGAAGCGAUAUUGCGUUAUAAUAUAUACGUAAGCGGUACACGAUUCUUUACGAGAAUGCAAGUGAUUGGUAUAGGUAUAUAAGAUAGAGCGUAAAUAAUCUCGAUUAUACAAGAGGAAGCGAAAAAAAGUUCAUACAUAGAAAAGACUGUUUUGCCUCUUGCACAGUCGAAGCUGCGAUGAUGAAUAAAGCACCGAUAUCGAGAUAUAAUUUAAACUGGUUUUUGAUACGUUAUUGCAAUCGGAAGUAUCCUUAUACAGUCGUCGGUUUUUCACCGCCGAGCUACGACUGCGAAGAGCGCGAUUAUAAUAUAAUAAUUAUUAUUAUUAAUAUAAAGAAAAUAUAUAAAUAUACAUAAGCUGGGAUGAAAGUAGCGGAUUCCGAAUAAAUCGCUCCUCCCGUCCGAUAUUGGAUACAAAAAAAAAACGAAAAAAGAGAGAUGACAAGAGAGAAAAAAGUGGAAAGGCAAAAGCGAAUGAUUUACGGUUCUCCUUGAUGCAUAAAGUGCUGUACACAAUAAAACUUCUCGUCUUCCGUAUACGAGCCCGCAUUAUGUAUAUCUCGAAUUACUUUUUGCAUUUUUAUUUUUUUUCAAGAGAAAAAAAUUAGGUACACGACUGUAGCAAACUGCGGAUCGACGCGAGAGCAGAAAAAAAACUUCAACGUCGAGGAUCCGUCGGAGGAAAACGAUCUCGGUGUAAAUGUAAAAACGAUGUAUAGAUCAACGCGAGGAUGCAGAUUUCCUGAAAGAGAUUCAGUGUGGAAAAAAAAUAUUUAACGAGCAGCCGACGUUCCUUAAAAAAUUGUAAAUCAAAAGUUUUAUCUAAACUUAUUUGUACGGGCAUAAAUUCUAAAAUCAAAUUGUCUCGACCUGUAUGUAGCUUGCCGGCUGUCGCUGUAAUCCACGUUCACAUUUUUGUAAUUGUACAUAUCUUUCGUAAAUCUGAUGACAACUGUUUUUUGUCCUACUUUCAUGAAGGGAUUUUCGUAAUUUUCUAAAUCGAUCUAGUGCUAACAGCAAAAAGAAUUAUUACAUUGUAGAAUAUUUGUCAAUUUGAAAAUCGUAAUAUACUCGUAUGGAUUCAUCAAAUUGAGGUAAACGAUAAUGGCCGGUAAGAUUUGCAGUGUCAUUAUGUUUCAGGAAAUAAUUUGUGCGAAAGGUUUGGUUGGACUUUUUCAGCAUCGGAUAAGCCGUAAAAUGUUAAAUUACUAUGCGAGAAACUUGAUAGUGAGUAAAUUAUUUUCUGAGAGGUACCGAUAUAAUCUUUUGUCGAUUUAACUGUCGUUUAGCGUAAUAUCGAGGGAAGAUAAAAACAACAUGUAAAGUACUGACUACCGCCAUAAAUUUUCAAGUACCCCGAUGUUCACGUUAAUUACUUUUUAAUACUACUUCAGAAAGCUGAAAAUGUACUUGCGAUACAUGUGUAAAAUAAGUGGUAAUAAAAGAUAAAAGCAGCACAAUUCCUCAGAGUAACGUUGAAGUUCAUUUUCUAAAACUAAUUAUUAUGCAUAAUUUAUUACAUUUUCAAGCUCCAACGUCUCAUUGUAUACAAUUAUACAUAUAAAACACAUUUAUUCGACAUAUUUAAAAUCAAAAGAAGAGAAAUGAAUGUUAAAAGGGAUGAUCAUAUUCAACAAGAGAAAUUAAUAGCUGGAAAAACUUGUACGAGAGCUGAUAGCGUUAAAAAUAAUAUUUAUUGUUAUAAUCGUCGAUGAAGCGCUAGUUGUUAUACAGACCGAAUGUUAUACGUCGUGCGCCGAAUGUCUUUGAAGAAAAUUAAGAAAAAGUAUAGUGAUGCCAAUACAGAUAUUACAAAAUUAUUUCAACGUGAAAAUGCGCGAGUAUAUGUGAAUACAAUAUCAUUACAUAUGGACAAUCUGAUUAUAUACAUAUAUAAUAUAUAAAUCGCGUGCAUUCGUCAAAGCAUAAAUUACACAAGAGAUACGAAGGAGAAUAAAAAUAAAGUCCGAUAGAAGUAAUCGCGAGAACGAUGGGAUGGAUCUUUAUGAAAGCAAGGAUAUAUUAUGUCUCGAGAACUUGCAAAGGAAAGAUUUUUAUCCGUUUAUCGGGCUUUUACGAUAGCCUAUACACACGCUAUACGCGAAUAAUCUCUAAACAAUUCUGGUUUGCCAACAAAAACUCUCUUCAAUAAUAACUUUCACUCUUUAACAAUGUCUAUGUAAGUAAAUAAACUUUUUAAUAUAAAUUUAUCAGAAUCGAGAUUCUCAAAAAAUGUGAAACUAUACUGUUGGUGAUACGGAAUUUUUAAUGAUUAUUAUUGCAUAAUGCACUCGAUUAGUUGCCUUACUCACUUCUUGAAAAUGAUAAGAAUAUAUAAAUUUAUUGAAUGUUACGAAUACCAAUAUGUUUAAUUAUAGUAUGGAUGUUAAAGCUAACAAUAUAUUUACAAUACAAUUUUAAUUCAAAAUGAUUCGCACUUUAACGUCGUUUUAUAUUCAUGAGUAAAUAUUAUACAAAUUAAUUUGUGUUAUAUUUAAAGUUUACACGUGUCUAAAAGAUGAGUUGAAAGUUUUAAAUAUAUUUAUAAGAAUCCAAAGAAAAUUCAAAAGUGAGUAACGUAGCUACUUGAGCAUUAGAAAUAUAAAACGUGAGUAUAUAAAUAUAUGACGAUUAAAUGCACAGACUUAAUUCAGGCUAGUUCAAAAGAUUAAAAAUAAAGGAAUCAUUUGGAAGAGGGUUGAACGUGCAAGUGGAAGUGAAAGUCUUAUCACCACUUUGAAGCCACCUGUCUCUUCUAAGAGUUUAAAUGAAAAACAAAAAAUCAUAUGAACGACACAUCCUACUUUAUAAAUAAUACAAAAUAACUUUGCUGUAAUAACUCUAUUGAAAACUACGUAAUCAUCGACACAGAAAUUUUGACGUCUCAUCAAGUUUCAGAAGUGGUAAACUUCACAUUGGUGAUAUUCAACUUUCAAGCUUUUGCCAAUCAGAGGGAUUUAUAAUUUUGACUCUGAUGUGUCUUUAUCAGCCAUCUGCUAUAUACGAUCGGGAAUUAUUAAAACCGUUGAGUUAUAAGCAAAAAAAAAUUAGAGCCUUAUGAAAGACAGUUGUAGUAAUUUUUCCUGCUGUAAAGCUGUUAUAUACUCAAAUCAUCAUCAUAAAUGUCUGUAACACGUACAUAUGCCUACAUAUGCCCUAUAAUUGGUGAGUUAUCCUUCUUAUGGUUGUUAAAACAUCAGCUCAAAUUAUACACAUCUCUAAAAUAAAAAAAAAGGAAUAGAAAGAAAGACACACACAUUAAUAGACGCACGUAAAUAUGUAUACAUACACAUAAAAAGAGAUCGAUUAUUGCGAAGCAUGCAGAUUUUAAUGAAUCCAUUACAAAUCAUGAAUUAUAUACAUAGAGCGGAAGAGGGGCGAUUAUGAAAAGGCGCUGUUGACGAUGUUUUAUUCGUUGACCUCACGCUUUCUUCAUAUGACAAAAAAAAAUGGUUAAUGUGCUUUCGGCCGAAUGCGGGAAUUUGUAUGUUAACACAGAAAAAUGAAUAUUUGGAAUUAAAUAGAAGAGCGAACAAGAUACUUAAAAGUAACACAAAUACCAUGUCGAUUAAACGGUUUUCUGUUGUCAUACUGUAAAUAUAUGUGGACUAUUAAUUGUA